UUGACUUGCUUUGACUACUAGUAAAUACAGAAGUUAGGUUAUGACUCACGUGUUCACUUUUAAAAGCUUAAACUGCUUUUUAUAUUAUUUCAAUACAAGUUAUUUAUUUUAAUAUUAUUUCACUACGACGUUUGAAAGUUAAAAGUUAAUGUAAUCGAAUCCAGGCUUACAUUAUUCUGAGAAAAACCUGAAAUACUAAACGAGAUGGGACGAAAAGCUAAAUUCGAUGGGGUGACUGCUCCAACUGGUCGUGGAAAAAAAGCAAAGAAGCAAGGAGAUCCAACAUUUCCAAAAGGAGUAUUAGUAAAAGAAGAAAAGAUAUUAAGUCAUCGGCAAAAACAACGUGCAAGGAAACGGUUAUUAAAAAAACAGAGUUUAAAAGAAAAGAUAAAAAAAUUACAGACGGAAAAGCAUAGAGAAGCAGAACAUACAAUACAAAAAUAUAAUAUCAAGGAUACACCGAAACAAAUGACAAAAAAGAAGAAGAAAUUUUCUAAAUCCAUAUCAGUUCAAAAUGGUAGUUUAAGCGAUGAAAAUGAGCAAAUGGAAUUGGAUGAAGAUUGUAAUAUGUCCAAUGAUGAAUAUGUAGACAAAAGUGCAAAACAGAAAAAUACAAAAAUGAAGUUAAUGGAUAGUGAUGUGGAGGAUGAAAGUGAUAUUGCAGAAAGUGAUAAGGAACAUGAUAUAAAUGAGUUAGACGAGGAUGAAGAAACAGAGGAGGAGGAUGAAAUGACUCAGGAUGAAGGCACGGUAGAGGAUGAUAACAAUGAUCUACUUCCCAUAGAAAAAGCAAAUAAGAAAUUGAAGAAAAAACAGGAAAAAGAGAAAAAACUGGCAGAAGAGGAAAUGAAUGAUAUGAUUUCACAGCAAUGUAUUUUCACUUUUCCUACUGAAGAGGAACUUGCAGAUGUUACUAAUCUUAAAGAUGUCCAACAACGAAUAAAAGACAUUGUUAUGAUAUUAUCUGACUUUAAAAGAUUGCGCGACGUGAAUAGAUCGCGUACAGAAUACAUGGACAUUCUCAGGAGUGAUUUAUGUACAUACUAUAGUUACAAUAAUUUUUUAAUGGAAAGAUUGAUGCAAAUAUUUCCACUAGACGAGCUAUUAGAAUUUUUGGAAGCUAGCGAAGUUCAAAGACCUAUGACGAUACGAACAAACACAUUAAAAACGCGUCGUCGCGAUUUGGCAGAGGCUUUGAUCAACAGAGGUGUUAAUUUAGAUCCGAUAGGUAAAUGGACAAAGAUUGGAUUAGUAGUUUAUUCUUCGCAAGUUCCAAUGGGUGCAACACCGGAGUACCUGGCAGGACAUUAUAUUCUGCAGGGUGCAUCUAGUUUUCUACCUGUUAUGGCUUUAGAUCCUAAAGAGAACGAAAGAAUUCUGGAUAUGUGUGCUGCACCUGGCGGAAAAUCGUCACAUAUAGCGGCGCUUAUGAAAAACACAGGUGUACUUUUCGCGAAUGAUGCGAAUGAAGAAAGAAUAAAGGCUGUUGUUGGUAAUUUUCAUAGACUUGGCAUUGUGAAUUCUGUAAUUUGCACUUAUGAUGGACGGAAGAUGCCAUCGGUUAUUAAAGGCUUCGAUAGAGUUUUAUUGGAUGCACCAUGUACUGGUACCGGUGUUGUUUCGAAAGACCCCAGUGUUAAAACCAAUAAAGAUGAAAUAGACAUACAACGUUGUUGUACAUUGCAAAGGGAAUUACUUUUAGCAGCUAUAGACUGCGCUAAUGCUCGUUCAGAGUCAGGUGGUAUUAUUGUUUAUUCCACUUGUUCGAUACUACCAGAAGAGAAUGAGUGGGUUGUCGAUUAUGCUCUUAAAAAACGUGACGUAAAAGUGGUACCUACUGGUAUAGAAUUUGGUGCUGAUGGUUUUACCAGUUACAGACAACAUAGGUUUCAUCCUUCGUUAAAAUUCACAAAACGAUUUUAUCCACAUGUACAUAAUAUGGAUGGAUUUUUUGUAGCAAAAUUAAAGAAAUUUUCCAACAUUGUUCAAAAAAAGAAAGAUACCGAGGAAGAAACGUUUGACUAAUGUUUGCGAAAUACAUGAAUGUAUGAUGAUUACCAUAACAUUUGGAAAACAUGCCGUUCAAGCAAUUUGAAUGUAUUAAAAAUAUAUGUAUAUACAGAA